GAAGAGAAGAGAGUUCAUCAGGAACUACCAGACCACAUUUUUAGGAAUUUAUUUGAUACAGCAACAACCUACUUCCUGCCUCCAUGGACAACGCAACCAGCUUCCCCGUUUCCCCUGCCGGCCCAAACCACAGCAGCAGCUGUUCCCGUGACAACGCAUUGAAGACUGUGGUGUUUCCUGUCCUGUACUCCCUCCUCUUCCUGUUGGGGCUGUCACUCAACAGCCUGGCCGUGUGGGUGUUCCUCCGCACGCCCUCCACCUCCCACUUCAUCAUCUACCUGAAGAACAUCGUGGUGGCGGAUGUGCUCAUGACCUUCACCUUCCCGUUCAAGGUGCUGUCUGAUUCCAACAUGGCGUCCGUGGGCCUAGGUGUGUUUGUGUGCCGUGUCUCCUCCGUGCUGUUUUACCUCACCAUGUACAUCAGCAUCCUGUUCUUCGGCCUUAUCAGUGUCGACCGCUGCCGCAAGACCCUCCAGCCCUUCAGGGGCACCAACGCUGGCCGUCUGGCCUCCAGGAAGCUGCUGUCUGCGGGGAUCUGGGUCACCCUGCUGGGCCUCUGUCUCCCCAACGUGGUCCUGACCAACCGAAGCCCCACCUCAGCGCACUUCAAGUGCAGCGACCUGAAGAGCCGUCCCGGGCUGGUCUGGCACGAGGUGGUCAACCAUGUCUGCCAGGUGAUCUUCUGGGGGAAUCUGGUGACCGUGGUCGUCUGCUACACUCUCAUCACCAAAGAGCUGUACAGCUCGUAUGCCCGGACCAGGGCUUCGCGGCCGGGGCAGGGGGUCCGGCGGACCCCCACGGGCCCUGGGGGUCAGCGCCAGGCUCGGAGGAGGAAGAGCGUGAACGCUAACGUCUUCCUCGUGCUGGCGGUCUUCUUUGUGUGUUUCGUGCCGUUCCACUUCGCCCGCGUGCCGUACACGAUGAGCCAGACCCACGGGCGUCUCUUCCACUGCGGACAGAAGCUGUUCUUCUUCCAGCUGAAGGAGAGCACCCUCUGGCUGUCCUCGCUCAAUUCUCUCCUGGACCCGCUCAUCUACUUCUUCCUGUGUAAGUCCUUCAGGAGCACGCUGUUCCGUACCCUGAGUCUCCCACCCGGGACCUGCGGCUGGCUGACCGGCCGGGCGUCGGACUCGAACACGAGCGCGCUGAGCCCUGUGGGAGGCGCCUGCAGCUGAGUGUGGAACAGAAGGUUCGAAACUGGACUGGGGGGGAAGGUUGUUGCUCGGUGGUUAAGAGCACUUGCCAAGAGAUCGAGAGGUUUCAGGUUAAAACUGUGUAAACCCUGUAGUGUUUAUUGCUUAGGAUUAAAUCGUCCGCUAAGUGAACAUGUUAUUGUAAUCAUUAUUAACAGGUCUAGUGGAGAUGGUCGUUUUUAGCUUUUUAUCCAUCAGGCACCAGAGAAGGAAGUUGGGACAGUUGGUUUACUCUCUUGUGAUCACACUGCCCUCUUGAGGGUGUCUGGGUGAAGUGUUCUGAAACUGAGAAGAAUAUGGCAUACUGAACAUGUGGACACAAACUUUUGUGUUCAACUAAAUGUUGUUUUAGUGUUCGGAGAAGUUGUGUCUGUACUUGUCUUGUGAGCGAAUGAGAGCAACUCUGUCAGACAGCAGCAGAUGCAACCAGAGAAGAAGAUGAAGGAAACUUUCAAAAAACGGUAUUAGUAUGUUUUAACAAACCACUGUCCUUAAAAACUGUCAUUUGCAUAAAUGUACAUUUGAACAAUGA